AUGAGGCUCUGGUUGCUGCUAGUUUUGUCCAUUUGGGUGAGGCCUGAUCACGCUGACACCGCUGUGUCAAAUGAGCGGCGAGUUGUCGCACACAUGCCAGGUGACAUCAUCAUUGGAGCCUUAUUCUCUGUCCAUCAUCAGCCUCCCGCUGACAAGGUACAUGAGCGCAAGUGCGGUGCCGUGCGAGAGCAGUACGGCAUCCAGAGGGUGGAGGCCAUGAUGCACACACUGGACCGAAUCAAUUCUGACCAACAAAUCCUUCCUAACAUCACCUUAGGCUGUGAGAUUCGGGACUCCUGUUGGCACUCGGCUGUGGCUCUGGAGCAGAGCAUCGAGUUCAUAAGGGACUCUCUGGUCUCGUCUGAUGAAGCUGAGGAGUGGGGUGGGAUGAGUUCUUGGGGAGGAGGAGGAGGAGGAGGCGGCGGUGGAGGAGCGACAAUGAAGUGUGCAGACCCCGCUGCUACUCCAAUGAGGGGGAAGAAGCCCAUCGUAGGUUUAAUUGGACCGGGAUCAAGCUCAGUGGCCAUUCAAGUGCAAAAUCUGCUUCAGCUAUUCAACAUCCCACAGAUUGCCUACUCUGCCACCAGCAUGGACCUCAGUGAUAAGAGCCUUUAUAAAUAUUUUAUGCGGGUGGUGCCUUCAGACGCCCAGCAGGCACGAGCUAUGGUGGAUAUUGUCAAAAGAUACAACUGGAGCUAUGUGUCUGCUAUCCACACCGAAGGCAACUAUGGUGAAAGUGGGAUGGAAGCAUUUAAAGACAUGGCAGCUAAGGAGGGUAUCUGCAUCGCCCACUCAGGCAAAAUCUGGAGUAACGCCGGCGAGCAGAGCUUUGAUCGUCUGCUGGAGAGACUGAGGGCGCACCUGCCCAAGGCCAGAGUAGUGGCAUGUUUUUGUGAAGGCAUGACUGUUCGCAACAUCCUCAUGGCCAUGAGACGUCAGGCGCUGGUUGGAGAGUUCCUGCUUAUCGGCAGUGAUGGCUGGGCGGACAGGUAUGAUGUGACGGACGGCUACGUCAGGGAAGCAGCUGGGGGUAUUACCAUCAAGCUCCAGUCAGCUGAUGUGAAAUGGUUUGAUGAAUACUACCUUAAGCUUCGCCCUGAGAACAACCAUAGGAACCCUUGGUUUCCAGAGUUCUGGCAGCAUCGCUUUCACUGCCGACUGAAAGGUCACCCGCAAGAAAGCAACAAGUACAACAACACUUGUGGCAAACGGGAGUCCCUUCGGCAGCACUAUGCACAGGACACCAAGAUGGGAUUUGUCAUUAAUGCCAUCUACUCAAUGGCAUAUGGUCUACAUAACAUGCAACGUUCCCUCUGCCCAGGAUACCAGGGUCUUUGUGAUGCCAUGCGACCAAUAGAUGGUGCUACACUGCUGGACUUCCUGAUGAAAACUAACUUUACUGGCGUGUCGGGGGAGGGAAUCUUGUUUGAUGAAAACGGGGACUCACCUGGCAGGUAUGAAAUAAUGAACUUUAAAAAGAUGGGGAAAGACUACUACGACUACGUUAGUGUUGGUAGCUGGGACAAUAGUGGAUUGAAAAUAGAUGAUGAUGAAAUCUGGUCUAGCAAAAAUGUCAUCAUCAAAUCGGUCUGCAGUGAACCCUGUGACAAAGGACAGAUUAAGGUAAUCCGUAAGGGAGAAGUGAGCUGCUGCUGGACGUGCACUCCCUGCAAAGAAAAUGAGUUUGUAUUUGAUGAAUAUACCUGCCGAGCCUGUGAACUAGGCUCCUGGCCUAAUGACGAGCUUACAGGUUGUGACCCAAUACCAGUGGAGUACCUGCGGUGGGGAGACCCUGAACCCAUAGCUGCUGUGGUCUUUGCCUGUCUCGGUCUGAUGGCCACGUUCUUUGUCACUGCGGUCUUCAUCCGUUUUCGGGACACCCCUGUUGUGAAAUCCUCCAGCAGGGAGCUGUGCUACAUUAUUCUAGCAGGGAUCUGCCUUGGAUACCUGUGCACCUUUACCCUCAUAGCAAAGCCCCAUGUCAUCCACUGCUACCUCCAACGACUGGGAAUCGGCCUGUCACCUGCCAUGAGCUACUCUGCUCUUGUCACUAAGACAAACCGCAUCGCUCGGAUCCUGGCAGGAAGCAAGAAGAAGAUCUGUACAAAGAAGCCUCGCUUCAUGUCUGCCUGUGCUCAGCUGAUCAUUGCCUUCCUCCUCAUACUGCUGCAGCUGGGCAUCAUAGUGGCUCUUUUUCUUAUGGAGCCACCAGAGGUGAUCCAUGACUAUCCCAGCAUCCGCCAGGUUAAUCUCAUUUGCAACACCACUAACCUCGGAGUAGUUGCCCCCCUGGGAUACAAUGGACUGCUCAUCCUCAGCUGCACCUUUUAUGCCUUCAAGACUCGCAACGUUCCAGCUAACUUUAACGAGGCAAAGUACAUUGCUUUUACCAUGUACACUACCUGCAUCAUCUGGCUGGCAUUUGUACCCAUCUACUUUGGCUCCAACUACAAAAUUAUCACCAUGUGCUUCAGCGUCAGCCUCAGUGCCACGGUGGCUUUAUGCUGCAUGUUUGUACCCAAGGUGUAUAUCAUCCUGGCCAAACCAGAGCGAAACGUGCGCAGUGCCUUUACCACGAGCACAGUGGUGCGCAUGCAUGUGGGGGACGGCAAAUCAUCUUCAGCUGCCAGCCGUUCUUCCAGCCUGGUUAAUCUGUGGAAACGCAGAGGCUCGACCGCAGAGACACUCAGCUCCAACGGUAAAUCGGUUUCUUGGGCUCAGACAGAGCGCAGCAGUUCACAUGGCAACCACCUGUGGCAGCGGCUGUCCUUCCACAUCAAGAAGAAGGAGAACAACCAAACUGCAGUGAUUAAGCCCUUCUCCAAAAUCUCUGAGGAGCGGUACUGUGGUGGGGCCGACUUGCCGCCGCACGUCCCUUUGCCGUCCCUCCCGUCUAUGUUUUCCCUGCCCACUCAUCCUGACAGCGCCACAGAUAAAACCCUGUAUGAGCUGUCGGAAGCAGAAGAGCACUACUCCAUGACGUAUCGGCCGCAGACGCCGUCACCGAUCAGCACCGUCAGCCAGAGAAUCGGGGCAAGCUUAGGGGAGGAGUGUCAGAUGGUCGCCGCUCCUCAGUACUCCAGCAGCGUUUGCAGUGGCGGCAGCGGCGCCAGUAGUUGCGGACCUCCCAGCAGCGGUUCUGCUGCAGCUGGAAGCGAGGGCCGCCUGGUCGCUGUGGACGACUGCCCCGCAGUGCCCCACCAGAGCUCACUGAUGGACCAGAUCAGCUGUGUGGUGAACCGCUUCACGGCCAACAUCACCGAGCUCAACAGUAUGAUGCUCUGCUCCUCUCCUUCGCACUCGCACACACACAAACACACCCCACCCUCCCCCCAUCCCCAUGACCCUUACCUGUUACCCCGUGAGAUCCAAAUGUCCUCGACCCUCACCACCUACGCUGACGUACAGCCCCUCCCCCAUGUUGAGGCCGGCCGGGGUGGCUGUCUCGCUCACCCUCUUCCUUGUUCACCUUACCCCCUGCCGCCUCACCCUCAUGCCUCCCCGUCUCUCUCCCCCAUGCGAGGAAACCUGCCCACCUGUCUCGCCGACUCCCCACUGAUGAGGGCAGAGCUGGACGAGGAACUAAUUGCUUUAACUCCUCCAUCACCCUUCCGUGACUCUCUGGCUUCCAGCAGUAGUUCCCAAAGCUCAGAUACAGAUCUGUACGUUCCUCCGGUCCCUUCUCAUCCUCCACCGUCUCCCCCUUCGCCCAGAUACGCCAGACUGACACUCGGAAACUACAGUCAGAGCUCAUCCUCACUGUGA